AAGUCGAAAAUGCAACAAUGCACAACAACAGGUCUGCAAAAUAGAAAGAAGCUAAAAAGUAAAAGUAGAGCGCUUUUCGCCACAUACACUAUUGAACGUCUACCAUGGUAUACGUUGCAGAGAGAGAGAAAGUGUGAAGGAGGUCUCUUUACCAGUUUUACGUGUUCCUUUCUAUCUCGUGUCCACGUGAGAGUGUGGCACCAAGAAAUGGCCGAUGGUGAUCCUGCAGACUGUGGCUCGGAGGAUUUGGACUACACUGUACACCUUUUCGGCUACCAUCCUCAACGGGCGAUCGAUGGAGUGCUGGACAUAGUGGACAGUGUCACUGAGGACGGCGUCGCAGGUCUGAAAGCCACAAUAACAGAGAAGCAGGAUCUGAGCGCGGAUGUGGUCUCCACGGGUUGUGAGCAGUACCAACGUAGGCUCGAGGACUUUGCCUCCGUGCUGUACGGCGAUGUGUUCAGGGAGUUUGCCGAAGGUAUCCUCUCCAUCCCGUCGCAUGUUGUCUUACCGGAACAUGCGGGAAAGAAUGGCCACCGCGAGGAUCAGAGAGCUGACUGCCUCCAGCUUGCCAAACAGAUCGAACAGGAGAAGUACGAUCAACUGGCGCUCAAGGAGAGGAUUCGUCAACUAGAAGAGGCCGAAGCGAAGGCUGCUGCUCUGCAGAGGAAGGUGGAUAGCAUAGGUUCUACCCCGGAUGAGUUGCUGAAGACAAAAUCGCAGGCCACACAACUGCUCCGUGCCUUCGACUCGCUGGAAGCGGACAGCUGAACACGGAUUUGUCAAACGGACAUGUCGCAGUUACCUUUCAACCAGGGAGUAGUAAAAUACCGUUGUUUUACUACUCCCUGCUUUCACAGCAAUAACUUGCAUGCGUAUAUACAGCACAGGGAGUCGUCAAAUACUUGACGACUCCCUGAUACAGCACAGCGGUGAAUCAUUGAAUCAGCUGAAAUAGCUGAAAUAGCCGGUCUUGUUCAUUUCUUUUAGCCUGAUGAUAGGAUAUGUGUAAUUGUUGAGUGGUAACUUUACUACUCCAGGUGGUGGUGGUCGUGACGGCGUUGUGUAUCGCUUUGCCUAAGUAGUUAGCCGUCGUCUCUUCUCAUUCCCCUCGUAUCCCCUCUAGAUGGCGAUACAGUUGUGUGCCGUAUUUCAGUGCUCUGGUAUCGUAUUCCCUGGGAUUAGCGUGAUCUUCCAGUUAGGUGAUCUUAGAUUCAAGUCUUUUUAUUGACUUAUUUUCCUUGAUGUGCAUACUUGCUAGCUUCAUGUUUAGGGCAUAUUUGAGCGUAUGACAACGAAAUAAUAUGAGCCAGGGACUAUAGAAACCGCCCUACGACGUUUGAUAUCAAAAUCAAGUUAUGACGUUUCAAAGUCACGCGACUCAAAGUAGUUACGCGAAGCGCAGAACUCGUCACUUUUGUUUUGACAAGACUCAAGAGCUUCUCCGUCUCUCGUCUUGUUAGGUGGUCGGGGAAGGAUUCCGAGCUCGAGCGAUUGUCGAGUAACUCAUGAGGCUCCACUUACUGUGAUUGAUUAUGGCUACAACAUCUAGUAGACGACGCAACUCGAUUCUGUGUGGAGUCGACUAGUCCCUGAUGCGAAGGCGCUUGAAUCGGACGACGAGAAUUUUUACGGAUUCAGCGCUGGCACCCGCGAGUCGUCCGCGAGCGAUUCCGACACCGAUGCUGACAGCGACGGCGAUGAUAUGCCACCUAAGAAGAAGACGUAUGGAGUCACAGCAAGCUCGAGUGCUGCUAGUGUUGUGUCGAAAACGCCAAGCCCCGACAGCUCGGAAAUUUCAAACGCGGAGAGUGACACCGACUACUCGGAAUCGGAUGACGAACCAGAUACCCCCGCACCUGAGCCACCGACGACGGAGCAGGUGAAGCGUGGUCUCCUUGGACAUACGCGAUGGGAUUGAGAGAGGCUGUGGAUGCAAGUCGAAGAAUCAUUGGAAAGUCAUCCCAGAGCAGCAGCUCGAGGACUACAUAUUUGAAGUCUCUAAACUGCGAGAAUCGAAAAAGCGCUUCAACAGUUCAAGCAGUUUGUUCUGGGCGCACUGACUGGAAGCAUGCGAAAGUCGAUGACUGGCGGUGGUGAUCGACCUUUCUAUUUCCGCUAUCAUGUACGUGGUUACGAGUUGUGCAAAGACGUGUUCAUGGCAGUUCAUGCUGUUGGAAGUCAUGUAAUGAAGCGCCUUCAAAAAAGGCAAACAAAGGAGUCGUUCAACUGGCACAAAAUGGCUUGACUGGGAGAACACCAGAGCACUUGGCCAUUUCAGCAGACAUAGAGCAGGAUGUAGUGCAGUUUAUUUAGUCAUAAUUAUGCUAACAUGUACGGUCUACCUCAACCUGCAGCGGAGCGAGGUCGUGCUGAGGACCCUCCAGUAUACUUACCAGCAUCCGAGCACAAGAAGUCUGCAUACAUCUACACCAAGACCGUCACACAGUAUUCGCCUGUUCAUUACAGGUCAUUUUGCCACAUUUGGAGGAGACAGGCAGCACACAUCAAAGUGAUGAAGCCAAGGACAGACGUAUGCGCACUGUGUGACAAUCUGCGGUACAAAAUUCGUGUCGCCCGUACAGAGGAAGAGACGAAAUGUAGUGUCCAGGCCCUGUGUUCGCACACAUCGCUAGCACAAGAGGAGCGGCAGUACUACCGAGAUUUAGUGGACGGCGCGCAGGCAUCACUGGAUGAAGCUGAGGGCAUAGUUCACUAUACAUUUGAACUGCCUAACUACUACGUAGUAGCAAGAAUGAAGAUAUACAAAGAACAUUACAUACUGUGUACAUAAAUUUGCUCUAUAUUGCUCAAUUGAUAUGCCAUUAUUAAAUAGGUGGUUAGGCACAUUUUACCAUCGCAGAUCAACUUGAAAUUUUGUUUGAGCACAUUACCAUACCAUACCAACAUUUUGAGAGAAAAAAAAAAUUUUCGCCAAAAAGUGCCAUAGGGUGGUUUCUGUAGUCCCUGGCUCAUAUCUUAUUUUCUUCUAGGCUUGAGAAUCCAGUGGUUUGCAGGCUGUGAUAUCAAUUAUUGUGCUCUGUACAAACCAUA